AUGUCCCGACUCCCAGCACCAGGCGCGCGGAGCAGUCAGCGCCAGAGCCUGGUUCAGUCCAUCGUCGAAGCCGCCCGCCUGUCCCUGGACCCGGCGCCAGGAGCUGUGGACAAGACGGCCGUCUGGGGACUCUAUUGCAUGUAUGCAAUCGUGGGGCUUAUCUACGGCUUUGUCUCGAACUACAUCAACAUCCCCAUCUGCCAGUACGUUUUUGGCCCGCUUGGGACGGUUGGGCGCGCUUCCGUGCAGCAGUGCAACAUCUCGGUGUCCUUGACGCAAAUGCCAUGGAACUUCAAGAUCUUCUAUGGGCUUCUGCUGGAUCAGCUGGGCUUCUGCGGAACGAGGCGCCGCGGCUGGAUCAUCUUCGGCUGGACCUGCUCCUUGAUCAUAUUGGCUUGCAUGUCGGUCUUGGCGCAGAAUCUGGCAGACGAGGGCAACUUCGCAGUAUACAUGAUGCUUCUGGUGGUGAUGUGCUUCUUCUAUAUCUUUGCCGAUGUGGCCGGGGAUGGCAUGACAAUCGAGCUGAGCAAGCUGGAGCCGCCUGAGACUCGAGGCUACAUUCUGACCACCGGCCAGAUGGUACGGUUCGCCACGACCACGCUGACGAACGUGCUUGGUAUCCUGGCCAUGAAUGGCAAGUACUACUACCCCCCGCAGCGCGAGGGUGAUACGAACGACACGAUCUUCUCCUUCGAGCUCUCGUUCUGGCAGGUCCACCUGGUCUUGGUCUGCAUGGCCUUGCCUUUUUGGGGCUUCAUGGUCUACCUGUUGCAGGACCCGCCGCAGCAGGUGGUCCUGAUGCACAGUCCGCAGGACGUCAUCAAGGAAAUGUGGAAGGUCAUGAAGACGAAAGUAAUGUUUUACCUCAUCCUGUUCGCUCUGGGUAACAUGGCCAUUGCCAGCCUGCUGAAUCCAGCUCAGAACAUUAUUGCGUUCAUUGCUGCGCCUUCGACGCUCCAGAACUCGGUGGGAACCUUUGCCGGGAACGCGAUGUUCCUGAUAGGCGUUUUCCUCUUCCGGCGGUAUUUCAUGACGCGCAACUGGCGCAUGACCUUUGUCUGGACGGCGAUGAUACUCGCCUUAAACAACUGCUUUCAGCUGAUGGUCAUCUACAACGCAUGGGGAAUCGGUCAAGACGGCUGGUUCUAUGCAUUCGGCAGCAACAUCUUGAUGGUGAUCCAGGGGAUCGCGCAGGUGCUGUCCAGCCUCGCUGUAGUGGAGAUCUCGCCCGCCGGUUAUGAGGCCUCCGUGUAUGAGUUCCUGACGUCCAUCCACAACGCCGGAAUCACUUUGAAUUCAAACCUGCAGAACUUAUUUGUACCGAUCUUCCAUCUGAACGGCAUUGCGCAAGCCUACUUCCCGACGCCCAGUGAUCCCAGCCCGCCACAAAGUGAGUUUAACACCGACAUGGCCCGGGCGACCUACUUCACGAUGAUCGUGAACCUGGCGGGCGCCCUGACAUUUUGUUGGUUCCUUCCAAAGCAGAAGGAGCAGUGCAGGAAGUGGGCUGAG